AUGGCCGAUCCCGCUGGAUUCUUCCUCAAGCAGACGACAUUCGCUCAUUCGGAGCAUCGGACCAAGUUCAAGAUCCGAGAUAGCCUAUGGAAUCCAGUUUUGGACGUCGUUGCGUUGGCUUCAACGGAUGGAGAAAUUUGCUUGAAGCGAGUACAUUGGAAGACUGGUUGGAAGGUGAGGAUUUUUAACUUUUUCUUUGGAUUUUAGGUCUUUUAUUAGGUUGAUACAAAAGUUUUUACACAUGUCUUUAAAAAAUUUUAAAAAAUUUAGACCAAGGCCAGUGGGCCUGAUAUAUAUCUUGUUAGAAAGAGGGCUGUUUGUAGAUUAUAGUAGAUUAAUAACUUUUUACAACUUAGCAAUUUGUAGUAGUAGCGCCGUGUUAAACCUUAACUACUCGAAGGAAGAAAAAGUAAACCACCGGCGUUACGUCUAGAGUGGCUGUAUCUUCUUAAUAUUCUAGAAUAUGGUAUGCCUGUAUGUAAUCUCUAUGGCAUCGAGGACAAUUUGCUAUAGGGCUAGUCGAAAAAUUUUUAGUGCGAAAAAUCAAAAAUUAGGGUCUGGCAAAAGUAGACCCUGUAGACGCAGCUAUUAGAAGCACUAAGAGAUAACGCUUUCUGUUAUUGUAGUGUAUGAGUAGCACUACAACGCCAAUGCUAAACAUUCGCGCUAGCUUUAGCUAUGCGGCAGAAAAAUCGAAUCUUUUUAAUCUACCAAUAUUUUACGAAAUUUAGGGGAUUUUUACAAAAACGUUUUCUGUUCAUUACUCUCGCCCGGUAUUCUAGUUAUUUAAUAAAUAAUUGAUCCUACUUGACAUACACUAUCAGUUGCUAGACGCGCUAAGCUGAAGGUCCUCUUGCCCUACCAGUAAAAAAAUUACAAAAAUUCGCCUAAAAGUGGAGUUUAUGCUACUUUUCUACCUUAUAAGGCAAUUUCAGUUGGUGACUUUUCGAAUGUAUCAUCAGCAUACUGUCUUUGUACAACCUGAAUGGCAGCCGAGUCAAAAAAAUCUAACUCCUUUCAAAAAAUUUUUAAAAAUCUGCUUUUGAUCGGUAGCUCGGCUCUCCGGCCAACUUUAUGGGAUGCUACAAAAAACGUCAGUGUAGAUAUAAGUAGAGCAAUAAAUUCAGAAGAAACUACAGCCAUCCCCAGUACGAAUAACCCAAAACCCGAGACUUUUUAGUGGGCUGGAAAAUUGCUAGGGCCCAGGAUAUUCACGAUGACACAAACGGAGAAAUUUUUAGUAUUUUUGAAAUAUUCUGAAAGGAAGCUUGUAGAAAAUAAAAUGCCACGAAUCAAAAAUUUUGCAAUGUUCUGCCCCAUACAUCUAUGCUUUCAGUUUUAACGUACAUUCAAUCAGGCUCUAGGAGUUUUAUUUUGAAGUGUCUCAAAAAAAUGUGUAAAAACUUUUGUAUCAACCUAAUAAUUGGAGUUCUGAGACUUCUUCCCCGGGGCGGUAUGGUGAAUAUAAAUUAUUGCCGAUUUUUCAUGUGAGACGUCCAAAUAGAGGAAGAUCGUUUUUCAAGACGUCUUUUACACAUUGUAGUUGGUUUUAAAAAACCUUUCGUUAAAUUUUAAUUGUUUUAGAAAAAGGUAGCGCCAGAGGCAGUGUUCUACUCGAAAUGGUCCAGAAACGCUUCGGAUUUGAGUAAAGAAGACGUCGGAGCUUUCUCCUGUUUUGCUUGGUCGCCGGAUGGGACUGUUCUGGCCGUUUGCUUCGAGUUUGGGGUGUGCCACUUCCUCGACGUGAACGAUGGAACAAUUUUGUACACCUUGAGGAUGAAGAGCCAGAAUUACACGCAUUUGAAGUGGUUGAAGUUGGACUGUCUCAAUAAAUUUGUCGAGACCGUCAAAACGGGUGGUCUGAUGAAUUUCGAUGGGAGUCUUGUGCCGGUAAGAAAUUUUGAGUUUGUUUUUUUCGCUUUUAGGAUAUUACACUUGAUGAGGAGGUCAAAAUUGCGCGAAUUUCCCACAAAAAACUUUGAUUUUUAGGUGCAAUGUGAGCAUCUGAGGACGAAAGAGUCUGAUAGUUGCCGAGAUCAUUACAAGAUUGUAAAAGGCAUCGAGCAUUAUUGCCAUGAUAAGAUUCAAAAGUCACUGCUGAAUACAAUUCUUAUUGCGGCUGGCCAACGAGCAGAAUUUGUGGGAUUCGAUGUCUACAUGGGUGGAGUUUUGUUGAUCAACAGUGUUCUCAUCGACGACAAAUUUAUGAGUCCAGGUAGCCUCGAAAAUCGACAUUAAUUUAUAUUACUUUAGACCUAUGUUGAGGUCUAAAGUAAUAUAAACGAAUUAUGUUAAAAUCUGAUUUUAUACUUUGCCGAAUAUCCUAAAAUUUUCAGUAUGUGAUCGUAUGUCGACUGAGGUCUCGGAUAUUUGCCUUUUGCCCAAUUCGAAUGUCCAAAUCGCGCUGGCCACAAUGUCCUGCGGAAAGCCGGUGUUCGACGAAGAUUGUGGCUUUGAAAUGCCGCAGGAAGCCGGCCCUUCAGCUGGAUCCACCAUCUAUCUUGUGGAAUUUGACAUCGGCUUGAAGAACGAGAAGCGAGUGCGGGCGUUGGCUAAGAUUGCCGCACGAUUGUGCCAUAUUUUCCACUUGAUGACCAAUAUCCGAGAGACCUUCCUGAAAACUGUCUCGGAUUGGGAGUCUCAGAGCGAGGUAGGUGGUGAAAUGAAAGUUUAAAUGUAGAAAAAUAAGUGGGGAAUACGAUAGGAUGUAAUUUUUCCUUUGAUUUUAGGAGUAAUAUCGAAAUUUUUAGUUUUUCCACGCCAACAUCUUCAAAAAACUCUUCGAAAAUUAUCAAUCUCAAACUGGCGGACGGGUCUCCGAUUUUUGCUUGGAUUUUGUUGGAUAUAUUUUAACUGGACAUGCCCCGGAUUCAUUUGCACACUCAUUCUUCCGGGAUAUCAAACAAAAACAAUGGAAACCGGCGAAAGAUUUCGUCCUGAAGCACAUCCCGUAAGUAUAACAUAAAUUUUUGAGGAUUUUCCUUCAAUUACAGUAUUUUUUGGCUAAAAAAGAACUUAUAGGAUUGUAAAGACGUCAGAAAUUAUAUUUUAGAGGCAAUUCAUUUUUAAAAUUUUCGAUUUACUUUCAGAUUUCUCAUGAAUAUGGUAAAAAGACACAUGAUCGUCGUCACCAACACGUUAUUUGUCCAUAUAAGCGCUCUGAUUGGCCAACUCGACGAGUUUGAGACCUCAGAGACACAGAAGUUGUUCGAAGAUGGAAUUCCUGACUUUUUAUCAGUCCUCCGGCAAGAUUCCAUAUCAAAACCAGUCGAACAAUGCAGAAAAGCCUUGGUUUUAACAUCACUCUUGAGAAAGAAGUUCAAGGAGUUAGUGGAUGUGGCCGGGGAUAAUUGGUGAGUUGAAGGGGUGAAUUCCGACUUUGAAGAGCGGUUUAUAGGGGAUCUUUGGCAUAUUUACCUUAUUUUAGGUAACAAAAUUAAAUUUUUUUUUGAUUUCUUGCAUUUUUGGCUAAAUUACCAUUGGAAAUUAUUAACGAUAGUCCGGAAUUGUUCGUUCAUCGAGAUUUAUCAUCGUUUUCAAACAAAAUUUUACCUUGUUUUAGGUCCAAAAUUUUUUUAUUUUUUGUCAUUUUGACUGUUUUUAUGACUGACUUAUGACUGGUUGGUAUCCCUAUGCUCGUAGAACGCUUGGUGCAACAAGUCUGGCCCAUUUCCCCUCAAAAGAUUGCCCUUUUCCUUCACAUUUUACCUUAUUUUACAUUCCAGGGCCGAACUAAAAUACAUGCUGCAAUUAUUAUGCACCCACCCCGACAAUGAAGGCCUCGAAAUGGAAAUUGACAAUGAUGGAGACGGUUUGUUGCGGGAACAUGACUUUGAACUGCUUGUAAAAUUUGUAACGAACGCUUUAAUCCAGCCGCAACUGCGACCCAUGAGGUGGUUUGAAUUUGUCGAUUUGUGGAUGAAUUCACUGAAGAAAAGUCCCGAAGCGAGUAAAGAAACGAAAGGAAAACUGAUCUGCAACCCAAACUGGCUGAAACAGCGGACGUUCGAUCGAAUUGCACCGCUUCUGGGCGUCUGUAAUGACGUUGUACCAGCAAAAUUGAGUGAAAAGGUGAGAAUUUUGGAAAUUGGUUUAUUUAUCAUAUUAAAAUUUACAAUUCGAAUAUUAAAAUGGGAAAUACAAAGAAAAUGGGGUGAAAUUUAACAAUGGGAGGACUUGGUUCAGGUCUAUUGGGCCAUCCUUUCCUUCAAGAUGAAUAUAUUCACCAUGAGGAAGGAUGAUGAUACUUGGCCCGAAGACUGAUCGCCAAUGUGGGUAGGGAAGUGUAGAUGAAGGCUGAGGGCCGCAAGUUGGCUGGACGGGGUCUUUUAAGCACAUUGGGAUCAUAUUUCGCAUGUUCUCCUUGAUCUUCGCCGGCUUCCAUAUUGAUGGACAAGAUGCAUUUAGCCUUGUCGGUGAUGGCAAAUCAGAUUGUUUCUGAUGUUCCUGACUCCACACAGGUCUCACUGGAGACCAGGCAGGGUAGACUGCCGCAGUUGACCACUCUGUUGGACGAAUAUCAGCAAAAUAUUCACCUUGAGGACAAGGUGAAGGUCCGGCUGUAGAAUAUCCCCCAUCGUCGCUGCUGCUCGAUCCUGAAGUUGAUGAGGUAGAAGGUGGCCUGAGAGAGACUUCAGGACCUUUGGCAUUGGCUGUGGAUGUAGUUUCGGCUUCGGAAUUGACCUUGAAAAUAAAGUCCCAUUCCAGAAGGGCAUCGUCGUCGAAAAGGUAGUCGAAACUGGUGAAAGGCAUUGCUUGGCGGAUGAAUGAAGUGCUGGUAGACGGCACAGAGGCAGUUGCGAGGACUGAAUGAGGAUAAAAAGAUUUUACGGACCCUUUUAUAUCGAGAAAAUCAAGGCUGUAGGCAGAAAAAAGGAUGAUUUUUUAUUGAUUUGCAGAAAAAACAUUGCGUAAAUUUAAAUUUUUUGAAAUUUCUGUUGUGAGGAAGACAGAAAAAAAGUGAGAUUCAGCUUAUGGGAUUUGAGUUUGAUUUUGUAAUUUGUGAAAAAGUGAAAAAUUUAUUUUUCAAAUUUGAACAUCAAAAUUUAUUUUUUUGGCGAUUUUAGGAAAAAUCGUCCACGGAAAAGGAACGCAGCGGCUUGGGAGGGCGAAAAUUCGACGAAUCAUUGGACCCGGAGAAAAUUGUAACCGUUGCCGGGUGUCUGAAGUACAUUUUUGAUACGUUAGAAGAGAUUUAUGUCAAUGGGACCACCGAAGUUAAAGGGUAAAAAAUUUUUUCAUUUUUUUGCAAGGAAAGUACUUCUAUGGGGUAUGGAGUUACAGGUCGAGACAUACAUCAAAAAAAUCGCAAAAUUUUUCUGAUUCAGAAUCUGUAAAAAUUGGCUGCCUAAUUUUGGUUUGUAAGGGUGAAAAAAUCCUCGAAACUUUUCUCGCAACACCACGCAAAUGCUUUUUUGACCAAGUUUUUACCAAUUCAAAAGCUUUGUUUUGGGCUAAAGUAAACCCUGGCUCUUGACAAGCCUGAAAAUUUCAAAUUUGAUUAUUACUACACCUUAAUCAGUAGUUCCUUUUUACAUUUUUUUUAUAUUGGAACUACUAAUUAAGGUAUAGUAUUAAUCAAAUUUGAUAUUUUAAGGCUAUGUGUAAUGAUGCCAGCGUGUAGUUUAGCUCAAAACAAAGCUUUUGAAUUGGUAAAAACUUCAUCAAAAAGGCAUUUGUGUGGUGUUACGAGAAAAGUUAUGAGGAUUUUUUCACCCUUACAAACGAAAAUUAGGCAGCUAAAUUUUACAUAUUCUGAAUCAGAAAAAUUUUGCGAUUGUUUUGAUAUAUGUCUCGACCGGUAACUCCAUACCCCAUAGAAGUACUAUUAGUAAAGUUAGUAAAGUUCUGUGUGAUUUUUUUCACUUUUUUCAUUUUUUUACGGUUUUUAGCGCUCUGGAUUCGAGCAUUCCAGUCCCACCGACGAAAAGUGUUCUGCUUGAGUACUGUCACCCGGAGCCGGCGACGAAAAUUAUUUUGUGCAACUGGAAUGACUUGAAAAGUGUUCACGAAUUCAUGCAGAAGCCGGUUGUGGAGUCCACGCUGUCCAGACUGCAAGACUUCGAAGCCUGUUUUGAUGCGAAUUUCAAUUCACUCAUUGUUGGUAAGAGAUUUGGGUUGGGUUUGGGUCGGCAGCUCGCGCCCGCGGUUGUUUGUAAUUUGUGAUUUUGGAGAGUUUUGAAAAAGUUGUGGGUGCUGAAAUUGAGCAUAAAUUCGGAGUAGAAUUCUUGAAGGCGUUUAAAUUUUUUUUUAUCAUGACAAUUGGAAAAAACGAGAUUUUUAGACCAGAAAUUGGCGAUUUUUUUUUUUGAAGUUGAAAAAGUGAGAACUGAAACUUUCAGAUAUUGUUUUUUAGACUAUUUAGAGCUCUGAUGCAAGAUUUGAAGGAAAUCUGAAGUAAAUUUAUUUUUAGAUAUCAAAAUUUUUUUUGAAAAUUUUUUCAUUUUUCUCGACUUUUAGUCCAUCGCCGAGCCGCCUCAACCCUCCAGGUGUACUCCUCAAUCGAUCUCCGCAGAGAAUAUCACACGUAUCCGGCCGAUUUUUGCGCCGCCGCACCAAAUCAGAUCUUGAAAUUGGCCAAAUUUGGAGUUUCGCAUGAAGUGGGUUUAUAUGGCCUUUUAUGAUUUUGAAAUUUAGUGCCGAACUGCAAAAUCAACUCUUCUGAACAUGUUUAUGAAUGGAUCCUAUCAUGUGUGCGACUUUGAGCUGUACGGGGCGGGCUCAAUGUACUUUAUGGCGGAUAUCUGCGAUCCGGACCAAAAUUCGGGCGUGAACCCGGUUUAUUUGAUCAAGUGCGAUGUUCUAGGACAAAUGUGCUUUGUUGAUGAUGUAAGUGGAGGAUUUUGAGAAAAAAAAUUGUAGUUUGAAAAAAAUUUUUGGUCGUAUUUUAGAAAAAAUUUUUGCCAAAAGUUCGAAUUUUUGGGAAAAAAUAAAAAAAAUAAGACUAAUUUUGCGUAUUUUAGGAGAAAAUAAAAUUUUAAAAAAAAUUUUCAACCAAAAAUUUUUGUUUUGCAAAAAAAAAAUCAACCCAAAAAUCCGUAUUUUAGCUCCCAAUUACCCACUCAACCGAUAGCUGCCUAAAAGUCGCCCCCAGAAGAGCGGUGGGGGUCCUUUUCGAACGAGAUUUUGAAUUUGUAAAGUGGUUCGACCUCGAAAUGAACUCGCUAAAUCAGCCAGAAAAUGAUGAGAAUUCCAGCUCUGGAUACACUCACUCGUUCACUUUCUCACCACUCAAGUACAAGCGGGAAGUCAAAGGUAAACUUUGGUUUUUGAAGUUUUGAGAUUUUAGAAGGAAAGUGCUUCUAUGGGGUAUGGAGUUACAGGUCGAGUCAUACAUCAAAAAAUUCGCAAAUUUUUUUGAUUCAGAAUGUGUAAAAGUUAGCUGCCUAAUUUUGGUCUGUAAGGGUGAAAAAAUCCUCAGAACUUUUCUCGCAACACCACGCAAAUGCCUUUUUGAUCAAGUUUUUGCCAAAUCAAAAGCUUUGCUGGUCAAGAUACCAAGAUAACCCUGGUAUCUUGACCAGCCUUAAAAUAUCAAAUCUGAUUAAUAUACACCUUAAUUAGUUGUUCCAAUGUAAAAACGAACUACUGAUUAAGGUGUAGUAUUAAUCAGAUUUGAUAUUUUAAGGCUGGUCAAGAUACCAGGGUUAUCUUGGUAUCUUGACCAACAAAGCUUUUGAUUUGGCAAAAACUUGGUCAAAAAGGCAUUCGCGUGGUGUUGCGAGAAAAGUUCUGAGGGUUUUUUCACCCUUACAAACCAGAAUUAGACAGCUAAUUUUUAUAUAUUCUGAAUCUGAAAAAUUUUGCGAUUUUUUGAUAUAUGUCUCGACUUGUAUCUCCAUACCUCAUAGAAGUACUUUCCUUUUAAAAAAAUUGGAUUUUUUUAGAUAAUGAGUCGAUGGAUUUGUCGCAGACUUCCCUCAUAAGCCCCCAGAACCGCACCACCCUCAGACAAAUCAAAACCGAACCCAUCGAAGAGGACGAGGAAGAUGAGGACAUCCCCGAGCCAGUCAAUCUCGAUGAUUAUGCUAUUUACGUGGAGUUGGAUAGCUCUCCGUCCCCGGAAACCCCCAACAGAGACGUGAUUAGUCGCCUAAGCACACCCAGAAGGUUCUUGUCCACCUCACCCAUAAGUGAAUGGAGAUUGGCGGAGGAAAGAGAGUCACCGGUGAAUAUGGUGAGAUUUGCGAGUUUUUUGGUUGAGGUGUGAAGAAGAGGUUGAAAUAUUGGCCAUUGCGGUCUGGUACAAACGUUUUUCAUAAUGAAGACUUCGAAACUUAAAAAAAAAAAAAAUUUUGAUCAAAAAAUUUUUUUUUCAAAAUUUGAUGAAAUUUGUCUCAAAGUUUAAAAUAGAAUUUUCAAAGGUAUAUGCGACAUUUCUAGUCGGAAUUUUAUGACAAGAGUCAGAAAAAUUUUAAUCGCAAAAAAUUGUCGCUUUUUUGACAAUUUCCGAUCUGAAAAUCUCGAUGGUUUGUCAAAAAUGCGGACUGGAAAUGUCGCAUAUGUCGUUGGAAUUUCUAUUUUAAACUUUGAGGCAUAUUUCAUCGAAUUUUGAAAAUUGAAUUUUUUGAGGAAAAAAAAAUUUUUUAAUUUCCAAGGUCUUCAUUGUGAAAAACGUUUGGGCCCGAUUGCAAUGACCAAUAUUUCCAUUUUUUUGGUAAAUUGGCAACUUUUUUUUGAAAAUCGGUAACUUUUUUUGUGAAAGUCGACAACUUUUUUUUCGAAAAUCGACCACUUUUUUUUGAAAAUCGGCAACUUUUUUGCUUGAAAAUCGGAAACUUUUUUUUUUGAAAAUCGGCAACCUUUUUUUUUUAAAUCGGCAACUUUUUUUUGAAAAUCGGAAACUUUUUUUUUUGCAUUUUUGAACCUUCAUCGAUGUUUUUGCAGAGGACCCGCUCGAACUCGUCGAAUUCGGACUCGGAGUCUCAUAAUUCCUCGACGAAUACGGUCGAGCAUUCCGAUGAAGACGAUGAGGAACGCCGAGAACGUCUGGAACAGGAAGAACAAGUGGAGGGGGACCCGGAAGACGUCUCCGAAAACAGCAACCACAGCAAUCAUGUGCUGGAAGAAGUGGCGGGCCCAAAUCAAACCCCAGACCAAGAGGAAGCGGCCUCGGAUCAUUCGGAGCAAUACUACUCGUUCCAGGAGCCCGAAGAUGAUGCCACAAGAAAUUCGGCUUCAGACAGCAUGGAGAGAGGAAGCUGA